AUGACUGUAACUCCCGUCAAAUCACAAGUGUUCCAAGGUUACGUUGGUAAAGAAAAAGCAUUUGCCAAGAAUGGUAAAGGUAUUUUCAUGACCAUUGAAAAAAACGGGAAGGAAUAUAGAGAUGUUAUUGAUGCUGUUAGUGGUGCUGCGGUUGCGUCCUUGGGCUGGGGUGAUCCAGAUGUGCCAGAAAUUGUCAGUGAAGCUUUAAAAAAACAUACAUACAGUUAUCCCGGUCUUGUUGCCAAUGAAGCAGCUGAAAAAUUGGCCAAAUUUUACAUCGAUAACUCACCACCUGGUGCAUUCGCCUCUGCAUUGUGGACUUGUUCAGGCUCCGAAUCAAAUGAGAAUGCAUUAAAGAUUAUCAGACAAUAUUGGUUGGAAAAGGGCCAGCCAAAAAAGACCAAGGUCAUUUCUAGAGAAUGUUCUUACCAUGGUUUCACCCUGGGUGCUAUUUCGAUCGGAAAUACGCCUCGAGGUGCUCCGUUCAAGGAUCUAAUGAUCAACCAAGAAGAAGUGUGUUUAAAGAUGCCCCGUUGCUGGCCUUAUAGGGACAUGAAAGAAGGUGAAACAGAAGAAGAGUACUCACAAAGAUUGUUGGACGUUUUGGAGAAGAUGAUUUUGGAUAAUGACCCCGAAACAGUGUCGGCGGUUAUUGUGGAGACUUUACCAGGAAGUUCCAUCGGUACUCCAGUCCCAUCAAAGGGCUAUUUGAAAGGUAUUCGUGACCUAUGCAACAAAUACGACGUGGUGUUUAUGCUGGAUGAGGUCAUGUGUGGAACCGGUAGAGCUAAUCCUAACGGUAAACUCAACUGCUGGGAGAAUUUCCUGGCACCGGAAGAUGGUCCAGAUAUUCAAACUGUUGGUAAGACUCUGGGUUCUGGUUACGUUACUAUCGCAGGUGUCCUAAUUAGCCCCAAGAUUCUUGAUGCUUAUGUCAAUGGGAGUGGUUUGAUUCUGGGAGCACAAACAUACCACUCGCAUGCCUUCAACUGUGGAACUGCUUUAGGUAUUCAGCAGAAAAUCCUCCAGAACGGACUGACCAAGAAUGUGUUCGAGAAUGGUAACUUGUUGGGUAAGAAGCUUCAAGAAGCCUUAUUGGAUGAUCCAAACAACUUUGUAGGUGACGUCAGAGGUCUAGGUGGGUUUUGGACCAUCGAAUUUGUUAAAGACAAGAAGACUAAAGAACCAUUCCCACCCGAAAAGAAAGUUGGCCCCAGGUUCUCAGACAUCGCUUUAGAGAAUGGGUUCAAUAUCAUGGGAGUAAGUGGUGCAGAUAAUUACGGUGGUAACUGGGAUAUCGCCCUGUUCGGACCAUCCUUUAUCAUUACAAAGGAAGAAGUUGAUCUUCUUGUCGAGAGAGUAGUGAGCGCUGUUCAUGCUUUGACCAAGCAAUUGAGGGCAGAAGCCUAG